AUGUGUCAUGUCCAAACUUUGCGCACUCGGAUAAAGCAGGUGCAACUUUUUCCAUCACCAGACGGUAAAUUCUCUGAUUUUGCUGCAACAUCUGGACCAAUGAAAACCCUUCAGAGGACCCCUGGGGGGGCCCCACCAGAGACCCCCACUGCAGACAAAACAAGGUCCGGUGUCUUUAGAAAGACAUGCACCGUGCACACUUUCCCUUUCCAGCGCGCACUUACAUCCAUCCAUCCAUCUAUCCAUCCAUCCAUCCGUCUGCCGGUAAUGCACGGACGUGUUUAUGGGCGCUGUAGUUAA